AAAUUUGGCAACCGCACAAGAAAACAUCACAACGCACAAACUGCUCUUCCAAAGGUGCUGGUCAUCUUGUAUCUGCUACUAGACAGGGAGCCGGCUUCUCUGUGACUACACUAAGCGUAUUCUCUUAUUUUACAAAGCUGCCAUGGGCGGAUCUGCUGCUUCUGAUGCAGGCACACAAGUGACUUGGGAAGCAUCCGAUUAUGACGAGGCGAGUGCUGCUGCAGGUCCAGCGGUUGCUAUUCCGCCACAACCAAUCAUCACACCCGUCACACCUCAUAUCACUCGAACGGUCGAUGUCCUCAAGCAAGGUGAUUCCUCUUCGCGGAAGAGAACGGGCACAGAUGCAGAUCUCGAGACAGAGUCACCUGUCACGCCAAAACGACCUGCUCACAACCAACAACUGCCUACACCCGCCAAGACGGGCCAUCGCACGCAUCAUUCAGGAGUUGGUUCAGAGUCUCCAUCAAAGACCCAUACAAAACCACUUGAGAAUAAAGAAGCAGCGGCACUGCUUGCCCUCAUAGCGACACUGCAACCACAACUCUCAGAAACAUUGACAAACGCAUUGACACGCUUCACUGAUAAACAAUCCCGUUUGUUGAAUGCUGCGCAUCAGCAACAAGGAUCACUACGAAAUAUCAUCGCACAACAACAAGCGACAGUUGCAUUACUGCAAACGCGUUGUCAAUUGGCAAAGAGUGAAGCAGAAGUCUUUCGAUCGAGUGCAGCGGCAAUGCGUGUUGAAAUGGCCAAUAUGAAACAUGCACGACGGUGUGAGCGUGCAGCGGCGUUGGCGGUUGCAAAAUCAAGUGAGUCUUUGCCAACUGGUUUGUAAAAGAUAAUUUCAUAAAGUCAACAGUGAAGGAAUGACCUAUGAAGACUGGAGAUACCAUACACAGCCAAGAGAAGCAGAAAGGAAGAAGAAUGGGCAUAUGGUGAAGCAAGCUGAGUCAAUGUUGGGAACCUGAAACGGUACACCGCGAGAAAGGAGCAAGUUGUUGAAGCCCGAAAGA